AUGGCGGCCCCGGCCGCGCUGCGCCCGCUCCUGCCCCUCGUCCCCGUGGCCGCCGCGCUGGCGCUGGCCGCGGGCGGGGGCACCGCGGGGACAGAGCCGCGCUCCGGCAGCGACAUCGUCCAUCCCAUCAAGGUCGACGAGAGCGGAGCCUUCCUGUCCUACGACUUGUCCCACCGGGCCCUUCACCGGAGGUCUCCUGCCUCCAGGAGCAAGCUCCCCGCCUUCUACGAGCUGCAGUACCGAGGGCAACCCCUGAAAUUCAACCUGAGCCUCAACAGGCACCUCCUGGCCCCGGGCUUUGUCAGCGAGAGGCGUUUCGGGGGCAUCGCCGGCGCCAAGAUCCAGCCCCGCUCCUACAACCCGUGCCAUAUGAUCGGGGAGGUGCGGGGCCGGGCGCGGCAGGCGGGGCUGGCUGCCCUCAGCACCUGCGAUGGCCUGAAAGGUGUGUUUCAGCUCAUGAACGAGGACUAUUUCAUCGAGCCCGUGUCCAGCAGCCCCCGGGAGGAGGGAGCAGCACAGCCCCACAGGAUCUACAAGCGCCAGGUGCCCAAGGCCAGGGCUGAGCAGGGCAGGAGCCCCCCGGCCCCGCGGGAGUCCUGUGGUGUGCCAGAGUCUCAGGAAAGCCUGGAGUGGUCUGAGCGGCGCAGGGAGAGGUGGGAGCAGAAGCAGCACAGGAGGAGAAGGAUCAAGCAGCGCUCCAUCAGCAGGGAGAAGUGGGUGGAGACGCUGGUGGUGGCAGACCCCAAGAUGGUGGAGUUCCAUGGCAGUGCCAACAUCGAGAAGUACGUGCUGACCGUCAUGAACAUGGUGGCAGGGCUGUUCCACCACGCCAGCAUCGGGAACCCCAUCAACAUCGCCAUAGUGCGGCUGAUCCUGCUGGAGCACGAGGAGGAGGACCUGAAGAUCUCCCACCAUGCAGACAACACCUUGAAAAGCUUCUGCAAGUGGCAGAAGAGCAUCAACGUGAAGGGAGACUCCCACCCCCUGCACCACGACGUCGCCGUGCUGCUCACCAGGAAGGACAUCUGUGCUGCCAUGAACAGGCCCUGUGAGACCUUGGGGCUGUCCCACGUGGCCGGGAUGUGCCAGCCCCACCGGAGCUGCAACAUCAACGAGGACACGGGGCUGCCGCUCGCCUUCACCGUGGCCCACGAGCUGGGACACAGUUUUGGGAUUCAGCAUGAUGGAAGCAGCAAUGACUGUGAGCCAGUUGGGAAAAGACCUUUCAUCAUGUCUCCACAGCUCCUGUAUGACACGUCCCCACUCACCUGGUCCCGCUGCAGCCGCGAGUACAUCACACGCUUCCUCGACCGGGGCUGGGGGCUGUGCCUGGAUGACCCCCCGGCCCGGGAGCUGCUGGACUUUCCCCUGGUGCCCCCGGGUGUCCUGUACGACGUGGGCCACCAGUGCCGGCUGCAGUACGGCCCCUACUCCACCUUCUGUGAUGACAUGGACAGUGUCUGCAGCACGCUGUGGUGCACGGUGGGGAACACGUGUCACUCCAAGCUGGAUGCAGCUGUGGAUGGCACAGCCUGUGGGGAGAGCAAGUGGUGCUUCAACGGCGAGUGUGUUCCCGUGGGCUUCCGGCCCGAGCCCAUCGACGGCGGCUGGAGCUCCUGGAGCGCCUGGGCCUCCUGCUCCCGCAGCUGUGGAGCGGGAGUGCAGAGUGCUGAGAGGCACUGCAGCCACCCCACGCCCAAGUACGGGGGCCGGUACUGCCUGGGCGAGCGCAAGCGGUUCCGGAUCUGCAACGUGCGGCGCUGCCCCCCGGACAAGCCCUCCUUCCGCCAGGUCCAGUGCAGCCAGUUCAACCCCAUGCUCUACAAAGGGAAGCUCUACAAGUGGACACCAGUGCCCAACAACAUGAACCCCUGCGAGCUGCACUGCCGGCCCGAGCACGAGUACUUUGCGGAGAAGCUGCGGGACGCGGUGGUGGACGGCACGCCCUGCUACGACAGCGACGCCAGCCGCGACGUCUGCAUCAACGGCAUCUGCAAGAACGUGGGCUGUGACUACGAGAUCGACUCGCACGCCGUGGAGGAUCGCUGCGGGGUGUGCCACGGGGACGGCUCCACCUGCCACACCGUCCACAAGACCUUCGAGGACAGCGAGGGGCUGGGUUACGUGGACAUUGGGAUUAUCCCCGUGGGAGCCCGGGAGAUCCGGAUUGAAGAGGUGGCAGAAGCUGGGAAUUUCCUGGCACUGAGGAGCGAGGACCCCGAGAAGUAUUUCCUGAAUGGAGGCUGGACCAUCCAGUGGAACGGGGACUACAGGGUGGCAGGGACCACCUUCACCUACAAGAGGACAGGCAACUGGGAGAACCUCACCUCUCCGGGGCCCACCGUGGAGCCCGUGUGGAUCCAGCUGCUGUUCCAGGAGACCAACCCCGGGGUGAGGUACCAGUACACGAUCCAGCGCCCGGCUGACAGUGAGAACGAGAUCGAGCAGCCCGAGUUCCUGUGGCGCUUUGGCUCCUGGACCACCUGCACGGCCACCUGUGGGACAGGGGUGCAGCGGCAGGUGGUGCACUGCGUGGAGAGGCUGGCGGGCCUGGUGGAGGAGCGGUUCUGCGACGCGCUGACGCGCCCCGACGACCAGCAGCGCACCUGCAGCGAGGAGCCCUGCCCGGCCAGGUGGUGGGUGGGUGAGUGGCAGCAGUGCUCAGCCACGUGUGGCCGGGCAGGGCUGAUGAAGAGGACGGUGCUGUGCAUCCAGAGCGUGGGGCUGGAUGAGCAGAGGGCCCUGCAGCCAGCAGACUGCCAGCACCUCACCAAGCCAGAUGCCACCAUGCCCUGCCACCCAGAGGUCCCCUGUCCCUCCCCGUGGGCUGUGGGCAACUGGUCUGAGUGCUCAGUGACCUGUGGGAACGGGACCCAGAGGCGCCCAGUGCACUGCAGCAACAGCACUGGGACCCCGUGUGACCCUGCCCAGAGACCCAGCCCCGAGAGGGUUUGCUCCUUGCCACAGUGCCACCAGAAAUGGGACAGCACGGACUGGUCUGGCAGCGGCUCCUCCAGCAGGGAGAUGUUUAAUGAAAUCCAUUACAUCCCCAGCAGCCACCUUCCUAAAUUUAACCCCUUAAUCCCAAACGUCCCAGAGCCCAACGAUGUCAACGUCAUCACGGAGGAGGACUUCUCAGCCAGGAAAGGAAAUGUCUUUGUUGAUGACUUUUACUACGAUUAUAACUUUAUCAACUUCCACGAGGAUCUGUCCUACUAUCCCUUCACGGAGAAGGAGAGCAAAGGCGAGGAGCCAAAGGCAGAGCUGAGCACUGAUGGCACGGAGGGGCCCUGGGAGCUGCCCACCGAAGCCCCGCUCCCCACCGGGCUGGGAGGAGAGAGCCAGGAGCAGCCAGGCCCCGAGGAGGAGCACACUUCUGCCCCUGUGCACGGGCGGGACACAGAACCUGGGGAUUUGGCCACGAAUGACCUCCUGAGCGUGGUCCCCGAGGGUGUGGGAUCAGCCACUCCCCGAUACACCACCCCUGGCUUUUUGGGAGAGGAGGAGGAGGAGGAGGAUACGGUGCCUGUGCCCCACUCUGAGCACCACCCGCCCACCCAGAGCCCCGUGAGCCACGACUCUGCCAACCACGGCCACCCAGGGCCCUGGGAUGAGCUCCACAGAGCUGUGCCCAGCAGGAGCAGCCUUGGGCAGGAUGUCCCUGCUCCCUGGGGUCCCCACCCAGCUGAUGUGGGCUGGGGCAGUGCCCGGGUGGAUGUGUCCCUUGGGCCAGCAGCACGUGGCAGCAGCAGCGAGGGCCGUGUGAGCACACAGGGACAUGGCACAGCUGGGUCUGCAGGGAGAGGCCACGGUGACUCCAGGGAAAUGGCUCUGGCCACCAGCAGUGACGCUCAUGGUGCAGCCCCGCAGCCCACCGAGCAGCACGGGUGGGCAGGGAUGCCAGAGGGCAUGCUGGACACGUGGGCAGGAGGGCAAUCCCAUGGCAUGGAGAGGGCAGAUCUUGCCUUGCCCACCCCGCAGGCCUCGGGCUGGGAGGUGGCAGGGAGUGCUGGCAGCCCCCACCCUGCCGUGAGUCCCCCUCCUGUGGGUGCUGAUGGGGCUCCCAUGGGACAGGGGGGACACUGGCCAGCGCUCCCCAGCCCCACAGCCCCCACCUCAACCCCCUCGGUGGCCACAACAGCCCCUCCAGUGUCCUUGUCCCCUGCCAUGCCCAGGCCAGCCACCCAGCUCACCUCCAGCGGCCUUACCCAGCGGGAUGUCCUGGGCCCAGCCAUGGCCACAGCCCCAGCUCAUGGCCCACCUGCCCACACUGCAGGGCCCCCCCUGGCAUGGGGGACAGAGGGGGUGUCCCAGCCCCCGGAUCUGGCACCGCCCCGCACCAAGCUGACCUCCCAUGGGACCCCACUCAGCAUCCCUGCUCCGAGGGACCCCUCACCGUGGGCACCCCCAGGGACAUCAACGAGGGACCCCUCACCGUGGGCACCCCCAGGGACAUCAACGAGGGACCCCUCACCGUGGGCACCCCCAGGGACAUCAACGAGGGACCCCUCACCGUGGGCACCCCCAGGGACACCUGCCUCCAGUGACAGAGGGCAGGAGUUGUCCCAGCCCAGCCCUUUGCCCCCCUUGCUCUGGGAGAAGAGGCUGGAGGAGGAGGAGGAGGAGGAGGAGGAGGAGGAGGAGGCUCUGCUUCCACCAUCACCCCCCACAGCAGCCACUGCCAAGCCCAGCUGGGAGGUCGGGAACUGGAGUGAGUGCUCGGCCACGUGCGGCCUGGGCGCGGUGUGGCGGCCGGUGCGCUGCAGCAGUGGCACUGACGGUGGCUGUCCCGCGGCCGACAGACCCGUCCCCGCCCGGAGGUGCUCCCUGAGACCCUGCUCGGCCUGGCGUGUGGGCACCUGGAGCAAGUGCUCCAGGAGCUGUGGUGGUGGCACCAAGGUGCGGGACGUUCACUGCGUUGACACCCGGGACCAGCGGCUGCUGCGGCCCUUCCACUGCCAGGCAGGGCUGGCACAGCCCCCGGCACAGCUGCCCUGCCACAGUGCCCCGUGCCUGGACUGGUACACGUCCUCCUGGAGAGAGUGCUCGGAGCCCUGUGGCGGCGGGGAGCAGGCCCGGCUGGUGACGUGCCCGGAGCCGGGGCGCUGCCAGGAGAGCCUGAGGCCCAACAGCACCCGGCCCUGCAACAGCCAGCCCUGCACCACCUGGGUGGUGGGCUCCUGGGGACAGUGCUCGGCUCCCUGCGGAGGGGGCAUCCAGCAGCGCCAGGUGAAGUGCAUCGACACCAGGACCGGGGUGGCCGAGGAGGACAGCAGCCUGUGUGACCACGAGCCGUGGCCAGAGAGCACCCAGAAGUGCAACCCCCAGGAGUGCGACAGCUCCGAGCCAGGUGUCCCCUGCGAGCGCGACCGCCUGAGCUUCGCCUUCUGCCAGACGCUGCGGCUGCUGGGCCGGUGCCCCCUGCCCACCGUGCGCGCCCAGUGCUGCCGCAGCUGCCAGCAGGGGCUGCCAGCGCCCGGCCACCAGCGCGGCCACCAGCGCCUGUCCCGCAGGUGACAGCACCGUGCCCAGGCUGCCGGGCCCCGCCGCGCUCCGUGCGCCCGGGGCUGCCCGGCUCUGUCACUCGUGCUACUCUAGCGGUGCUCAAACCAUGCCCGGGGCUGCCCGGCUCUGUCACUCGUGCUACUCUAGCGGUGCUCAAACCAUGCCCGGGGCUGCUGGGGCUGGGCUGCUCCCCACCCACAGUCCAGGGCAUGCAGCCGGGGGCACCCUGCCCCGCACCAGAGGGAAAGGGGAACUGAAAGCAGCAAUAAUUUGGGGAAGACCUCUCAGAAAUGCUUAUGGUGCUAUCAUUUGACGUUUGCAGCCUCUCGAAGGUGUUGGCUGGCCAGCACGAACCUUGGUUUUUAUUAUUAUUUUUGUAUCUCUGAGGUGAGCAUCCAGCAUUCCACCGGCUCUGCCGACCCGUUGGGGUAGGGAUUUUUUUUUUUUUCCUUUAAGGGACUUGAAGCUGGCAACCCACUCCUGUAAUUUUCAUUAAAAUGUUUACGCACUGAAGCUAAAUAGAUUUAAUUUAAGAAGUGGAGGCAGGGCAGAGGAAUAAAGUUUCAGCUUCAGUUGGGGCUGUGCAGGGCUCUGUCUCCCCACUGCUGGCUUCCUCUGCCCAAGCCAUUGCUGUGUCCCUCUGGAGCAGAGGGCACCACCAGGGACACCGAGGUUUGGAGUCCACCAGGGCAUUCCCUUGCAUGCAUUUGGGCAGGAGAGGAAAGCUGCCCUGGCAGUGAGUGGCACAUCCCCUCCCUCGUGGGCAGCCAAGUGCUCAGUCCCUGGAUUUCUGUAUGUGUAGCAGUGUAAUGCUUGGUUAAGGUGUUUUUCUGUGGCCUUACGGGCUGAACCCUUUUUUCCCUGCAUAUCUAGAUUCUCCUCUGUUAAGGUUAGCUGAUUUUUAACUAGAAUAUCCAAUUUACUCUGAGGCACAGCCCCUACUGCCUGCUCCCAGAGCGGUGUGGGAACAAAUCCCUCCCUGUCUCGGGGAGGGAUUCCUGCCAGGUUGGUCUCUGGAGGAGGGCAGGAGCGUUUAGGUAGGAAUUCCUUUCCCUAUUACUUUUCAGGCUGUGGAGGGUGCCCAGAAACUGGGGGACCCUGAAGGGCAAUCCCCCCUGCAUGGGCAGAGUCAGGCUGGAGCCCAUCCCGGGCUGCAGAGCUCCAGGUGCAGCUCCCUGGGCUGGCGGGGGCAGCAGCACUCAGCCCGAACUCCUGUGUGUGAUUUGUAUGUAAAACACAAGCCAUGACCUCGCCACUUGUGCUUUAUUCCGUUCCAAGGUGGUGUAAAGUUUUUAUGGUCCAAGAACCUGUGUCCAGUCCUGGUGUCCUUGUCCCCAGCACCAUCUGUCCCACACCAGGAUUGCAAAGGGACGACCCUCGUGUUGGGGUCUCAUGGCCACAGCUCACAAAGUGUGUUAAAUUAAACACUUACUGAAGGAAGCAGGUGGGUUUCACAUUUUCUCUUCCCCGUGGGGAAUUCCGAAGGUUUUCAGCUAAUUGGAGAUGGUUCAGGCACUGGCAGCAGGAAGGAAAGAUCAGUUUGCAUCUGAAAAUCAUUCCCAGCUGCCCUUUACAACUGGGAUUUGUUGAUUAAAACAUGAGCCGGGUUGAUGGGGUAAAUCAGUUCUGCAAAUCAAUUUAUUUGUGCACAGGACCUGGUGAGCCCCUCCUGCAGUGCCUCUCCACGUGCAGGGUCCCAGCUGUGGCUGAGGGCACGGGAUAAUCCUUCCUGGGGACACCAGGACAUUUUUAGCCACAUAAGAAGCACGGAAACUGCAUUAUCAGUGACAAUAAAACACAUCUGGCUUAAA